UGGAAAAGGAAUCCGAGAAAACUGUGUGCAAUUUUUUCUCGAUAAAGAAAGGGAUAAUGAAUAAAAAAAAGUUUUCAAAAUCAUAGUUAUUGCGGGCUCGAGCUCCGCCGCCAUAUUGUUUUCUUAUCGUUUUGAUUUCCAAAGAGACAUUUUCAAGAACACAUUUUCUACAAUAUUUCUGUACAAUUUUCGCAAAGAGUGGAAAAUUUAUGAAAUUGAAGCCGCUAUGUUUCAGGACGAGGAAUAAAGAGCGGUGUCGUUUGCCUCUUUGGAAAACAAAACGAAAGGCUUGAAGUACAUGGAAUUUGUUAAGAAGUAUUGGUUGGCUGGAGAUACCGACUCAACCUUAAAAGAGAUUAGACAAAUUUUGGCCAAAAACAAAGCUUCAAUUUCAAGCAUUAAGAACGACGAUUUACUUCUGGUGUCCUCUGUUUACUAUCAGCUAGGAUAUUUGCACCAGGCAGCUGAACUGUUAACCGAGGUCAAAUUUGAACUGUUCAAUGUUCAACAAUGGAUAGUCGAAAACAACUUACUUGUGCUAAAGUAUUUGAGAACUGAGAGUUUUGAAGAUCAAAGAACAAUCGCUCUGUCAUUUGGAUCGUUAUAUGAGAGAAUAAGAGGUUUACCAUUUCCUGAUGUUGGUCUACUUGAGCUUAAUGUCUGUUUAAACUAUGCCUUGGUAAUAUUCUGCUCCAAAUCCCGGCAAGCUCUGGCACCAGGAGGACACAACCUGAGCCAAACUGCUCUUCUUACGACGCUCGAAAGAGUAUGUGGAAGUACCGCCAAGCUUAAUCAAGGAUUCAAUGAAAGUAUUGAAACGAAACUACGAGAUUACUUCAAAAAUGCGCGGGAAAAAAAGCAAGAAAUCUUCUUUGUGUCUGCGUUGAUUUGGCUUUUGUCGUCCAACUAUUUGGUGAACUCGCGAGUGGCCGAAGCGCAAAAGCUAAUUCGAAUUAUCCUGGAUUUUUCUAUUCGUGAUGACUCACUAGCAACACAGAGAAAAUUGAACGUAAUCUUCACUUUCUUGCCAAACGGGAGCAAUUUUCAAGAUUUCCUGACACCCGCUUCCCACCUCCUUCUGUCGUAUGCUGCAUUCACUCUAAGAGACAAGACGCUGUCACUGAGGCACUGUGAAAGUUGCUUGAAUUUGCAACCCGAGUUUAUCAGCGGUCUUUUUUUAAAAGGUUUAUUGUUAUACGACAGCAAGAAAUACGAAGAUUCUAUCCACUAUCUUCAACGAGUUGUGAACUUUUCCAACGACAUCGGAUACAAAGCCACAGCACUAAACAUUUUGGGUUGUGUCUGUGCAAAGCUGAACAAACCCCAAACGGCUUUACUGAAGUUCAGAGAAGCGUUCUCUUCUGAUUCUGGUCACAUCGAGUCUUUGUACAAUGUUGCUGUAGUUUACCAUGAUUGCGGAGAGUUCGAGUUAGAAAUAUCCAUGUGGAAGUACAUUUUAAAGAUUCUUUCGCUUCAUGGACAACAUGAUGAUUUCAAUUCUUCACCCGAGAUGAAUGUGGAUUACUUUUGUGGAGUGUCGGCUCGGGCACUCGAUGACUUAAUUUCUGAAGAUCGCUUCAUUAUAUUCACCGAUAUCAACCCAGUGCUAGGAAAUGAUGGCAGGAAUUCAAAACUAAGCAUUCCGCCAGUUUUAUUCAAGAUAGCUCAUUCCUGUUUCGCACAAAAUAGACAUUCAGAAGCAUCUGAGUUUUAUGGGAAACUUUUUGACCAUUUGAAUGAGAAGUCAGUGGAUUUGAACGAGUGCCGGAUUCCAAAAUUUUCCGUCCUGUACAAGAAUUUCGCUGAGGCUUUGUUCAAAAGUGGCAGAUGGGAUGAUUGUUAUGCUGUCUGUGAGAAAUUUUUGACCCAAAAAACAGUAUCGAAGGUAUUAUCAAACUCUUCACAAGAGGAAAAGGCUCUCAUCGAGGUAAUGUUGUGCAAAGCAGCCGUUCUAAAGGAACUUCAAAGACCAAUCGAAGCUAACGAAUGUUAUGAAAGCAUUCUUAAUACGAUACACAACAGAUAUGAUGAAAGUUGUGCCCGGAAAAUGAAUCUGGGUGAACCGGAACGUAAAAGACAAAAAAGUGGAAAAUGUGAAUUUUUGAAGCAAGAAGAAGUAAUUAGGUUGAAGGCAUUAACAUUGAAUGACCAAAGUUUGCUGUUGUCCUCAUUGGGAAAGUAUAAAGAGGCCUUGUUAUUGCUUACACAAAGUAUCAGUUGCCAGCCAGAUUGCUUGAAAUAUCGUUAUAAUCAUACAAGGCUGUUGUUUGACAUGGGCCAGGAAGACGAGGCGGCCAGGGAUUGGUUGAAAUUUCGUAGGAUUGAAGAAUUAAGUCCAGAGAAAUUUGAUGGAGAUAUUAGUAAACUAAAAGGGUUGCCAAAGGAUGACGGAGAUACUGAUCUCUAUGUAGAAAUGGAUUCACGUGCGAUAAACAGGUUGUUCUAAAAAUGUUAGAGGGGAACCUUGCAAAGACGCGAGAAAUAUGAAGACUGUUGGUUAACUAAAAAACACUGAGGUUAACUAAAUGGGACGUUGUUUGAGACGGAUUCAAGGGUAGUAUACAAACGCUAUCAGCCAACAAAGUUAAUCUUAAUCCUAAACCUAAUCCUGACCAUAAUAUUAAUACCGUAUCCUGGCAACGAUACGGUAGAGGUUUUCUUCAAUGUAUUAUAUUUUAUAUAAUUAUAAGCAAGUGGCAGCGAAACAGCGUUUUCUAGUAAAUUCGCCCAGCAAAUAUUGUCUAACAACCAUAUAUACAUAAAUACGUAAAUAGACUCGUACACUUCCUGGUGUAUUCACCCAUGCCGUUCCUACCGUUGGCCGAGUUAAUAAUUCCGUGUUCAGUUAAUCCUAAUUACACGAAUUUAAUUCUUGAGAUUACAUUAGUCUAGAUUAGGAUUAGGGUUGGGAAAGCAUUUUUUCCCUGUAAAACGUUUGACUAUGUAGAAUUGUCCUUCAUUUUAGUUCAUUGGACAUCCCUAGUUUUUAUCCCAGUGAGCUGAAGUAAGACUGGAACGCUAGCUCUGGGAAAAAUUUGGCGGAUAUGAAGCCUUUCUUGUUAGAUCCAGGCUUCCACGCAGAAAUAUAGGUAAAAUGGCGGCAAUUAUGAUUUUACCUUUGAAAUUUCCGCGCCAGAGGCCAGGGUCAUACCUACAAGAAAGGCUUCAUGAUCGGCCAUCUUGGCUUCCCUCAAUAACGAAGGAAAAGUCAGAGAGUGAGCGUUCCAGUCUUAUUUGAGUUUACUGGUUUAUACUGAAAAGUAUUAGUUACCACAGUUUACAUGUGAGGAGGAAUUCAAAGAAAUGAGUAUUGUAAUUUCCAACGAUAU